CCAGCACCGUCGCCGAUGGCUUCCCUCAGCCUGAAGCAGCUCGGAGGCGGCGGCGGCCGCCCCGCCGCCGGGGUCCCCGGGCUCCCGCCGCCGGGCAGGGUCGGGUUCCGGGCGCUCGCGUCCGGGGGGGAUCGGGCGGAGCCUGACCUCAGCGUGACUGUUAAUGGGCUCAUCAUGCCGAAUCCGUUCGUCAUCGGGUCCGGACCCCCCGGGACUAACUACACCGUGAUGAAGAGGGCCUUCGACGAGGGCUGGGGGGCCGUGAUCGCCAAAACUGUUUCCCUGGAGGCUGAUAAAGUUAUAAAUGUCACCCCUCGAUAUGCUCGGCUACGUGCAGGAGCAAAUGGAUCGGCUAAGGGACAAAUUAUAGGCUGGGAGAAUAUAGAACUCAUCAGUGACCGACCUCUUGAGACAAUGCUGAAAGAAUUUAAACAGUUGAAAGAAGAGUAUCCAGACAGGAUUCUUAUUGCAUCUAUUAUGGAAGAAUACAACAAGGCUGCAUGGGAAGAACUCAUUGAUCGAGUUGAGCAAAGUGGAGUUGAUGCCAUCGAAAUCAACUUCUCAUGUCCACAUGGUAUGCCAGAGCGUAAAAUGGGUGCUGCAGUUGGCCAAGAUUGUGCUCUUUUGGAGGAGGUCUGUGGAUGGAUAAAUGCGAAAGCUACUGUUCCUGUUUGGGCAAAGAUGACUCCUAAUAUUACAGACAUAACGCAGCCAGCAAGGGUGUCUCUAAAGUCAGGAUGUGAGGGGGUUUCUGCAAUCAAUACGAUCAUGAGCGUGAUGGGAAUCAAUCUUGACACGUUACGGCCCGAGCCUUGUGUUGAAGGGUAUUCAACUCCUGGGGGCUAUUCUUCCAAGGCAGUCCAUCCUAUCGCACUUGCAAAAGUCAUGAGUAUUGCAAAGAUGAUGAAGUCGGAAUUUGAUGAUAAGGACCACACACUUUCAGCCAUUGGAGGUGUUGAAACAGGAGGUGAUGCUGCUGAGUUCAUUCUCCUUGGAGCAGAUACUGUUCAGGUAUGCACAGGUGUGAUGAUGCAUGGCUAUGGCGUUGUGAAGAAACUAUGUGCUGAGCUGAAAGAUUUUAUGAAGAUGCAUAAUUUCUCAAGAAUAGAAGAUUUCAGAGGGGCUUCUCUUCAGUAUUUUACCACUCAUACUGACUUGGUACAAAGGCAGCAAGAAGCAAUUCGACAGAGAAAGGCAGUUCGGAAAGGCUUGCAGUCGGACAAAGAUUGGACUGGAGAUGGUUUUGUGAAGGAGAGUGAGAGCAUGGUUUCCAACUAAAAAUGUAAGACCGAGCUAAGCCUUUCCUUGUACACCCGAAAUAAAUUGCAGCGGGGAUUUGUAAAAUGCAUGUGUAGAUGAUGACGUCCAUUUUCUCUUCACGCUGCAAUCAAAACUGAUGCUGUAAAUUACGACUCAUUUAUCCGGCGCAUCCCUCAUUCUGGUAAAAGGGCACGAAGGAUUGACUGAUUACAC